GCGCACUGAAUAGUAGCAGCAACAGCAGCACUCAAGAAUGGUGAGAAGCUUACACUUCUUUCGUGUUUACGCCACUUCCUGCGUGCUUUAUUACUGAACGGAGCACGGAAAAAACUGUUUUAUUUCGAUUGUCUGGUUAUGGUCACCCUGUGCCCGGAAGUAAAUUAUAUCAGUACUUAUCAGGUCAAAAACAAGAUGGCGGACGGUUCGACAAGAAAAACAAGAUCAGUCAUCUUCUUCGACCUUCCAUGGGAGGAUAUCAUUUUUCCUCAUAUCUUUAACACGUUAAGCUUGACUCAGAUAUCUUCUUGUCGCCGUGUGUGUAAAACUUUUAAAGAUCUGUGCGAUAGUUUCUUCAAAACAUGUAAAGUUUUGGACUGCUUCGAAGCAAAGGAUCGACUAACUUCAAAGGCGUUUGACUUCAUCACACUAGAAAAUACAAGUCUCCAACGCCUAAUAUUAAAAGAUUGCAAGAAUUUUGUACGCGAGGAAUCGUUAAUCAAAGUACUUAAACGAAAUUCGAAGCUUAUAAGCUUAUAUUUGAGCGGAUUGUCCUGUCUUACCAACCUUAUUCUUUUUACAAUCGGUGAACAUUGUAAAAAUUUGAGGGCGAUAUCGCUGUCUGAAUGUCGCUGGGUGUCUUCUGAUGGAGUCGUUAACCUUUCUCUCUGCUGCACAGAUCUUGAGUUUAUCGACUUGACUGGAUGUUGGGAAGUAACAGAUUAUUGCAUAACAUCUCUUGCAUCGUUUUGCAAUAAGCUAGACUAUAUUUCACUCAAUGGAUGCUAUAGCAUUAGUGAUAAUGGUUUGAGAGCAAUUUCAAGGUCCUGCCCAAAAUUAGUCUUCCUCGGCCUUAAGGGCUGCUGGAGAAUCACAGACGAUGCAAUCAGAUCUAUAGGUGAAUAUUGUGUGGCACUUGAAGCUUUGGAAGUCAAUGAUUGCAGGGAUGUGACUGAGGCAAGCCUCGCAAGGCUUAGAUUAAAGGGUGUUGAGAUUGAUGUUCAGAAGCCAGGAAGGCGAGGCGUUCCUUUCUUGCCUUUACAUAAUAUGCGCCUGGCAGAUCCUGCGUUUCCACAUAUGCCUGUAGUUAACUUGAAUAUAUAAAUCGUGAGUUCAAGCUGGUCUAUGGUACUGUUUGAUAGAUUAAGAGAAUGGCAACUGUCUUUCCCUGUACUUUCCAAACAAGAUUUAAGCAGUGAUGGAUCCAGUGGGAGGGUCCCAGUUCAUUUGCUUGACAGGUUUGAAGUAAAUUUUGUAUGAAGCAUACUUUUGGACUCCCUCUCAACGUUUUAACCCCCUGCCCCCAUCUCAAAAAUUCCUGGAUCCACCCUUGAUUGAAUCGCGUACCUACUAAUGAGUAUCUACCUCCACACUUAUCUCAUAUACCACCAUUGGCACCCUCCAUUAAUUCAGAGAGAAACAUUUAUCCCUGAUUGCUCUUACCCAUCACAAACAACAUCACCAUGCAGCCUAGAGAAUCCUUAAUCAUGAUGAGAGGUUCCAUGCUGGCUUAGCCUCCUUUUUUUCUGCCUUUUUUUUUGCAGAGAGGGAGAAAAAAAGAAGCCUCUGUCCCAACCUGUUUUGAUCUAACCUUCAUUCAUGGUUGUGGACCAAAAAUCCGUUUUUUCUAAUUGGACACAUCUGUGCAUGACAACAGAAAAGUCGGCUGUAAGAUUUCCGAGUUCACAAACUCGUGAGCGUAUACUUUUUCGAUACUGCUGACUGUAUUAAUGAGCACACUAAUGUCAUCAGUUGCCUCUAGUAACACUCACGCAUGUGCAACAAAAAAAGUGAUGGUUGUGGGCAGAGUCUCCUUUUCCUUGCGAAUGUGGAUUCAGCAAAAGAAACAGAAAAGGAGACUCUGUCAGCAGGGAAGAUGAGACAAUGGCAAGCAAAACAUCUGCUGCUACAGAGCUUUCAAUAAUAUUUGUAGUAGGCGGUUAGUCCUAAAAAGUAGGGGGAUGAAGCCACUGGUGUUUGUAUGUAACUUUAUUUGGCAAUGGAUUAUUUUUUUGUCAAAAUAGCCUGCAGUUUAAGGUGAAGUAUCCAGCGAUGAACCACCGGUAUCCGCCUUUUAUUGAAAGCUCUGCUGCUAUGACUUUGUCUCUCAACACUAUCUACAGUGGUCACACUACUACACAUGUACGAGAAAUCAUAUAUUGAUUAGCAUAUUCACUUUGGUUCAAAGCUGCAAAGGUCAGUUGUUGUUCCAAUGCACUUUCAUAUUUUGGUCCUGUAAUCCCCUCCCCCCCAACCUGUGGUUACUCUUUUUGGUUUUCUUUAUUCCCACCCCACCUUCCAUUUACCUAUUCAUUUCUCAAUCAGUUGUACUGCAGUGGGACCACCAUAAAUAGAAUUCACAAUUCAGCAUUGACUUCAUUGUCAAUGAGCCCAAAAAGAAAAAAAAAACAACAACAAAAAACAGCAAUUGUAAAAACAACAUAAUUUUGGUUACUUUCUCAAAUAGCACCGUGGGCUUAUAUUUAAUAUUUUUGGGCUUCCUUUAUAUUAUGUACCAGUUUUACCAGUAGCAUAAAGAGAGUACCAGCAUGUAUGGUGCAAAAAUAGACCUAUUUACUGAUAUGGUGGCCAUCUUGAAUUAUGGGAUGCAGAGGGGGCAAACACAGAGAACAUUUAUGAAGCAGAGUGGCGGGGUAGGUUUUCAAAUAAUUUGAAGUCUUUGCAUAUUGUCCCAACUACCAACAAUUUCAAAGCUUUUAGGAUGUGCUUCUCAUUGAAGCGUGUAAAGGUAUGCAAGAAGACAGCUGACGACAGCUGUGCAGUUUCUAAAUUUUUAAAUAGUUGCCCCCUGCUCGGCAUCAAAUGUCUUGAUAAUAACGAUAGAACUUAAGAUGGCUGCCAUAUAGGCACACAACAAAAUAGGAAAAUUCACUAGCACAAUGAGAAAGGUGCGCUGCUUUGCUCAAAUCACGUACUAGUAACAGGGUUACAAAGGUAAACUUAACUGAUGUUUUGAAGUCUGUUAAGUCCUUUGUCAGAGUAAAGAAUCACUUUUACUUUUAAACAAGUGUAAUUCAAAUAAUAAGAGUUUUUUCUCGUCACAUUUGUAGGACUAUUUACAAUACUCUAUAUUGUACAUUUUAGUAGUUGUGCACAGUUUAUAAUAAAACUUCCAUGAUAAUUAUA